CGGCCUGUUUCGGGAUUGGCCGGACAUUUUCGCCUCUUUGUUUUACUGAUAGUGGAUUUAAAUCGGAUUCAACCCAAUGUCCAGCGGACUGUACUGUUCCUAAACAGCCACAUGAAAGGGCAUCCAUGAUGCGGAGCUAACACCACCUCGUGCCUGCAGGAAGAGACGUGGCUGCCAAAUCAUCCCCAGUCAACACAUGGCGGCAUUAGGGAACCCUGAGACACUAACCAGGAAGAUCAAGUUGUGGGACAUCAACGCCCACAUCACUUGUCGCCUGUGUGAGGGGUACCUGAUAGAUGCCACUACUGUCACGGAGUGCUUACACACCUUCUGCAGAAGCUGUCUAGUGAAGUACCUUGAGGAGAACAACACCUGUCCCACGUGCAGGAUUGUCAUUCACCAGAGCCAUCCACUGCAGUACAUCGGCCAUGACCGAACAAUGCAAGACAUUGUCUACAAGUUGGUGCCGGGGUUACAAGAGGCGGAGAUAAAAAAACAAAGAGACUUCUAUCAGAAGCUGGGAAUGGAAGUGCCCGGGGACAUCAAAGGAGAGCUGUGCAGCAUGAAACAUCUAGAUCCUCAACGCAAUGGCGAGGUGAAAACAGAGGACACAGACAAAAAGGAAACGGCGGAGGAGAAACCGGAGGAGGAUAACGAUUAUCACCGCAGCGACGAGCAGGUCAGCAUCUGUUUGGAGUGCAACAGCAGCAAGCUCCGCGACCUGAAGCGCAAGUGGAUCCGCUGCUCGGCGCAAGCCACAGUCCUUCACCUCAAGAAAUUCAUCGCCAAAAAGCUUAACCUGACAUCGUUUAAUGAGCUGGACAUUUUAUGCAAUGAGGAAAUCUUGGGGAAGGACCACACUUUGAAAUUUGUUGUCGUGACGAGAUGGAGAUUUAAGAAAUCCCCCCUCCUGCUGCAUUACAGGCCCAAAAUGGAUUUGCUGUAGUCGGACAGAACGGUUGUUUUGGCCCAGUGGCCCAGGACUGUGCAACGUACUAUUUAUGCAGAGACGAUCAACCCCAACACCAACACACCAGAGCAAAAGUACACACAAGCCAGCAAACAAAGAACCCCAGCACAGAUACUGCACCACUGGCGGGUUUGGAUCAAAAACAACCUUUUUUUUGUCCACUAUACGUCCUAGAUAUGUGAAAAAUUAGAGAGAAAAAGCAUAUAUUUAUACUUUUGUACAGGUGAGAGACAUGGAACCAAGACACUACUGGUGCUCUGUUUACACAUGAACAAGAUGUCGGGUGAUCGUUCUACCGUCUUUUUUGUUUUCUACAGACUUCACUCCUCGGACCCUCAUUAACUGAUAAAAAGGGGAGGACGAGGAUUUUUAACCAUUCGUUUUCUUUUUCAGGUUAAAGUCAGAUGAGUCUUGGGAGCACAGAAAGUAUAUAAAGUUACACGAUAAGACUGUUUCUAAGCUGUUUAUUGAGUUGUUGAAUUGUCCUCUGAUUUUUCUAUUUGAUUUUUAAUUUGCUUCGGGGUUUGCUGAACGUUGAUUGUGAAUAGGCAAAAACAAGUGUGUAGUAAUUUAUGUUCUAUAUAACAAUAUUGUACAUAAAAUGUUAUUAUGAGAGAGAUUGAAAGGAGUAGGAGAGAGACUUUAGACUGUUAGGAAUAGUUCCAGAAGUGCUAUAUUGUUGGGCUACUCAAAUGUAGCAUUGGAGGAUACGUUAGAGUUUUAAUGCAGAGAAGACUUCUUGUCAGUAUAUAGAAAGGCAUCUGAUAGUUGUCUGAGAGAGAAACAAAAGAAAUAUAUCAAAUCUUCUGCCGUGUAAAAAAAGGAAAGGGUCUGAAAUGACGUUGCAUUGCCGUAUGAGCAAUAUAUGAAUUUGAGACCGUCUACAAAAGCAGCCAGCUUCUGAUAGCGUUAGCGUCCUACUCCUUAGUAGAAUGUAUUCCACUGGGUGAUCUUUAUGUACAGUGCAGCAGGGCAUCACUUCUUCUGUCCCUAUCUCAUCGCUACCUUUAGUGCCAAAGGCUUGAAAAACCCCUUGACUUCCCCUUGUAUUUCCACGUGGUGAGCUAUAUGAAAGUCGCUGAGAUAUCAUCUAUUUCACAGCAGUAUGUGACCUGAGCUAGAGAGCUGUUUGGAACAGAUAGUCAAAUAUGAAAUUGAGAUGUUAUUAAUAUCACGAGAGCUUUGAGUUUCUUCAUUAUGUUAAAGAAGCACACUCAGAUAUUGAAGAGUAAUACUCUUUUGAGCAUAUAAAAUAAAUUAGUUUUUUUGAAAUGAUAUUAUCAAAAUCUACUUUUUGACCUUUGGGAGGUGGCUCUAAUUUUAGUGCUUAUUUGAGUGUAUCUAAUGAGAGUUGGGGGAGAAAGUACUUCAGAGCUUAAUGGCUUAACUGUGUAUUACGGGAACCAAGGCACGGAGGGACCGGAACAGUCUUAAUUCAUAGUCAUGGCCACCUUUUUCGUCGGUGCAACUGAAAUAUCCUUUCCUUGAACUGGACCCUAAAGUAACAUUUCAGACCUCACAUAGCAUUACCUCACUGCACUGUCAAUAUUUCUGUCAAUAAUGGUUCGUUCCCCUAGUUGUAUUUAUGCAAGGAAAGCUGUCGGUCUUGUACACAGUCCAAAUAAGUUUCUACAGGUGCAUACUAUAUAAAAAACACUUUCAUACAGGUCUCUACGAAAACCAGCUUAACCAAAAUGUAUUUGUAUUUGGUUAACAGUCCCCCCAUCAGUAAAUGCAUAAAUAUAUUGAUAUAAGUCUGUUUUUUAAAUAAUUUCCAUACUUUGACUAUACACAGGUCACCUUGGUAUUUGUUAUGAUCUUAUAGUGUGAAAUAUUUUUGGUAUGCAUAUGGCAACACAAUAUGCAUAAGUUCUGUCUGACUCAUUUCUUGUUGUUUUUAUCACUACCUUCUGCCUUUGACCUUAGCUUACCCCAUCCAAGAGCCGAAUCAUGUAUUAAUCAUGUAUUAUUUGUCAUUAUUGACCCCUUGUCUCUAGUGUGAAUGACAUGAAUUUUGUGUUACAGGCCCCAUACAUGUACAUUAGCUUUGUUUGAACAGCAUAUUAGCCAGUACGCCCUCAAAAUAGCCAUGGAAUCAUUACGUAUUGCAAAAAAAGCUAUCAGAGAAAAACGAUGUAGUAACUAUUUCGCAGCUGUAUCUAUGGGUUCUUAAAGGAAAAUUCCACCGCAAUAUUGUCGUUUGGUAUUUGUUUCAUUAGUCCAUUGUUGAUAUAGUCCCAAAAAUGCUUUGCUUGUCGGCACUCAAGUUUUCAAGAUAUGUAACUUAAAAAUGACGUAAAUCAUCCCCGUGUGAUGCAUUUUGCAUAGUUUUUGGGUUGAGUUUUCCUUUAAGAACUGGUAUAAUUGGAACAAAGGCAUUUUACAUGGUGUUGUUAUGAGACUCAGAUCUUCUUUUCUCAACUUGUUUUGUAUGCAUGUGAGUACUGUUCAGGAACCCUGUGAUGUGAUCUCUGGGACAGAAUGGGGGCGGCGAGGGGGUCUUGUUUUGGGGGCUUUGCCACCGUGAAGGCUGGUGCUUGCGUUUCUUUACUCUCUUCUUGGAGCUGAGUAUGGUGCUAACGUCUUUUCUCUAACUCAAUCUUGUGCAGAUCAGCUUCAGAGGGUUAAAAUGAGUGCUGUGGAUUCCCGAGUGCUGAUAGUAGUUCAGUCACUCACUAGUCGGGCUUCGUGACGACCUGCCUAGUGCCUACGUGCCGGAGCCCCGUCUUUUCUUGUCACAACUGUCUCUCUCGCUCUCUCUGUGCAGAGGAAAAAGGUGCUGGCUUUUUCUUGUUGAUUUGUUUGUUUUCUUUUCCCCGCGGUCCAGGCUUGCUCUGGAAACGGAACAGAGAGAAUGGUCAAUAAAGUUGUGGACCGUGAAGGAGUGUUAUUGAAAAUACAGAAAAGCUGGGGUAGCUAUAAACCCAAAUGAUUCAGCUUCAGAGAGAGAGAGAGUGUAUUUAUUUUGGGGUAUUUUCAUGCGAGCCACAGUAACCUCAGUUAAAAGCAUGGGGAUCCCAGUCCUAGCUGUAGUCCUUCAUUCUGCUCUAUGUAAUUGGUACAGAAAGCUCAUUCCACAGUUGUUUUUCUUUAUCACUCACUACACUUUUAUGACUUCUAGCAGUUUUUAGGCAUUGGUCGGAUGCAGUCAGUGCCAGGAAAGUCGGCAGAGGUAUUGUUGUUUGAAUGUUUCCAAAGUUAACUCAUACCCAGGAGACCUUAAUUGUAUGCCUGAGAGGUGUGUGGAGUAACGUGGGGGCAGGUUCCACCACCGAAGCAGUGGAUUGGAUCGAUCUUCACGCUUUUAUCAGCCCAACAUUGAGACAUCAGUGCUGCUUCACUUGACAGCCAGGCUAAGAGGCUUACAGGCUUCCCCACAGUGUUCACUGCAGACCGGGGUUUGCAUCCAGACUGAACCGUUGCCAGUGUGGAAACCACGGCCUCAACUCAUAAACUCCUGUUUUCUAAUUUGACCUCUUGUUAUCUCCGAAUUAUCCACACUGCGGUUGGGGCGAGCUAUAAGCAACUGAUAAAUAGUCUAAUUGCCUUAACUUAACUACCAGCGAAUUGAGUUGUCAUAAUGCCACUUAUGAAGACCAGAACUAGACAUGCUACUUGAGGAGGCUUUUAACCCAGUUUUUUUUAAAGAGCAAUUAAGUCUUAACAGUGGCAGUCAUUUUAGACCGGAUACCCUGGAUAGACAUCAAAGUAUUCCAGGUGGUCUCAAAAUGGCCGUGUUUGUUCCUGUAAUAACAGUCUUCACUCUGAGUGUGAUGGCUCUUUUUUACUCUGGCUCCCUGAGCUCUCCUGUAAAGCUCUGUAAUCACCCAGGCGACCCGUACGUGUGACCGGGGUCACUCAGACGGCUAGUCUGGAUGAAACACUCAAAAAAUACAGAUUGUCUUGCCAGGGUGGCACCGCACCACUGCACUAACUCAGAAAGGCAGCUUGGCUCUUGACGGUGCUAUGCCUAAGUGGAGUGAAUCACAGUCACAGGUGGUGCCAAUUGAGGGGCAACUGUCUGGAAUCGGCUUUCACUUCAACAUGAGAUUUCCAUUUCAAUUGUCCAUUUCAAAGGUGUCAAAUGAUCACCUGCAACUAGGACCCUAGACUGAGAAAGAGGAACGGGAUGUGGUCUGGAUGUCAAAGUUAGUUAAUUAGCCAGAUAAAUGUUGGUUCGAUAUAGACUAACUAGUUACAGUCAUAUUUUCCCUCAACGUGUAGGGAAGUAAGCCCACAGUUACCAACCUUCACAGUGGCAGGCCCUCAUGAGCCAUAAAUGUGGUCGUCAUCGAUAUAAAUCUGUCCGAAUUUUGUAUUAUUAUUUAUUUGUACUGUAAAGUUAUGACUCUUACAGUAGCUUAUUUGUUUUUGAAAAAUGUCAAGAGAUUUGAUAUCCUUCCCCGUGUUCAUGAUUUACCUUUUUGUUUGUUUAAAACAUACAAGACUCAUGCAUAGUAUUGUACGGCUUAAAUUAUGAAUUUGUAACUGUCCUCCCUCUUUUGUAUUAUUCUAAGUGAUCACCUCUGCGCAAUGCUCUCUGUAAACGACCAACACAAGCUGUGUUCCUUUUGGGUCAAUGUCUGGUAAAAGAAAAACAAAUGUAAAUCUGGCAAUGUGGUUAUAUACGCAAUAUACGUUUCUCAGAUGGUUCCAGGCUUCAGCGUAAAAACUCAAUUUAAAUUUGUUUUGUUUUGCUUUCCAGUCAAUUCCUCAGGUCACAAAAAUGCCUUCCUGGUCUUGGGGGUGACCAGGAAUCUCAGACUACACUAAUGCACCCGGAUAUGAAAUGGCUGGAUUUAGUUUUGGUUUUGUUUCUCUUGUUUUGCCGUUGUCUCUGUGACAGAAAUUUCCACAGUUGUGUUUCUGGGUUAAACACAGGCACUUAUUCAGGUGUCUUUUUCGCUUGUCCUCUUUUUUGAAUUAUGAUUCUUUAUUGCACAUGUAAUAAACUGGUUUCCAUUGCUACAUUAAAGGAGUUUUGGGUAGAGAACUGGGCUGGAAUUUCUUACACACAAUAUUAAGGAUGCUUUUUGUUGAAAACUAGUGUGUAUUUCAUCAAUAAAUGCCUUUAAAAGUGUC